AAGACUCAACUCAAGGAAGAGGAAGAGGAAGAGAAGCGACAUUAAUAGAUGAAAAGGCUUACAACUUCCUACCUACCCAUCAGUGCCGUUCUGUGACGGCUCUGCUUCACAGUUCACAAGCUUCUUUCUUUCUUUCUCUCUCUCUCUAACCCACACACUUCAACUUCCUCUCACGAAACCUAUUUCAGAGCUCUAAUGGCGCAAGCGGAUACAGAGUAUAGUUUUAAACCAGGGAGGUUCUUCCUCGACAGCCAACCACUUACUUUCUUUGAACGGCGACAACCCAUGGAGGUGGAGACUCUAUCUUGCAACCUCCGUAGCGUCGGUUCAUAUCCUACCUUGGGUGAGCUAUUGAAGCGAGUCGGAGAUGCUAACGGCGACGAUACUCCGACUCACCCGGUUCUCGAGGUGGAGGACACGUGUCUUGAUCUUGAUGACCCAACACCCCUCCCUCUCCCUUUUGUUCUUUCCUUCAGUAAUCUCACUUACAGCGUCAAGACUCGCCGGAAAAUGAGGCUUCCGACUUGCUUUCGUCGGAAAAACAAUAGGCUUGGAGCGACUGCUGAUCAAGUGGUUCUCGAGAGCAGCAACUACUCCAACUCCAACACCAAGAUUCUCUUAAACAACAUCUCUGGAGAAGCAAGAGAUGGUGAAAUCCUAGCCGUUCUUGGAGCUAGUGGGUCCGGGAAAUCAACGUUGAUCGAUGCCCUAGCGAAUCGGAUCGCUAAAGGCAGCUUGAAAGGAUCAACCACAUUGAACGGUGAACCCUUGGAGUCACGGCUUCUGAAGGUGAUCUCUGCUUACGUCAUGCAAGAUGACUUGCUCUUCCCUAUGCUGACGGUGGAGGAAACGCUCAUGUUCUCGGCCGAGUUCAGACUCCCUCGGUCUCUCUCCAAGGCCAAGAAGAAAGCUAGGGUUCAAGCUCUCAUCGAUCAGCUCGGGCUGAGAAACGCUGCGAAUACGGUGAUCGGAGAUGAAGGCCAUAGAGGUGUCUCCGGUGGAGAACGCCGCCGUGUUUCGAUCGGAACCGACAUAAUUCACGAUCCCAUUAUUCUUUUCCUGGACGAGCCAACUUCCGGGUUAGACUCAACGAGUGCGUUCAUGGUGGUGAAGGUUCUACAACGGAUCGCUCAAAGUGGGAGUAUCGUGAUCAUGUCCAUACAUCAACCCAGCUACAGAAUCAUUGGAUUGUUGGACCGUAUGAUCUUCCUAUCACGUGGCCAGACAGUAUACAGUGGGUCCCCUUCAAGUCUUCCCCAAUUCUUCGCCGAAUUCGGACAUCCGAUCCCAGAGAAUGAGAACCGGACCGAAUUCGCACUCGAUCUGAUCCGCGAACUCGAAGGAUCCCCCGGUGGAACCAAAGGCUUAGUCGAAUUCAACCAAUCAUGGCAAACCUCAAAGCGUCCCCAGAGCGGCGAUCCAGAUCGACAAGGAUUAUCUCUAAAAGACGCCAUUAGUGCGAGCAUCUCAAGAGGCAAACUCGUCUCCGGAGCGACCAACGAUUCCAGCCUUGCCUCGACGGUUUCCACAUUCGCGAAUCCGUUCUGGGUUGAAGUCGCGGUUCUAUCCAAGCGAUCCGUAACCAACACGAGAAGAAUGCCGGAAUUGUUCGCGAUCAGAUUAGGAGCAAUCUUGGUGACUGGUUUCAUCUUGGCCACCAUGUUCUAUCACCUCGACAAUUCUCCCAAAGGAAUCCAAGAACGAUUAGGGUUUUUCGCCUUCGCGAUGUCGACGACGUUCUACACCUGCGCCGACGCUCUCCCUGUGUUCCUCCAAGAACGAUACGUCUUCAUGAGAGAGACAGCUUACAACGCUUAUCGCCGUUCCUCCUACGUUCUCUCUCAUUCCAUCGUCGCAAUACCUUCGUUGAUCUUCUUAUCCUUCACAUUCGCCGCCACAACUUUCUGGGCGGUGGGUCUAGCCGGCGGCGCAAAAGGGUUUUUCUUCUUCUUCGGAACCAUAUUGGGAGCUUUCUGGGCAGGGAGCUCGUUUGUCACCUUCCUUUCCGGAGUGGUUUCACAUGUGAUGUUGGGUUACACAGUGGUUGUGGCUAUAUUAGCUUAUUUUCUUCUCUUCAGUGGCUUCUUUAUAACCAGAGAUCGGAUUCCAGUUUACUGGUUAUGGUUCCAUUAUAUAUCUUUGGUGAAGUAUCCUUACGAGGGGGUUUUGCAGAACGAGUUCGAUGAUCCGACUAAGUGUUUCGUAAGGGGAGUUCAGAUGUUUGAUAAUACGCCGCUUGCGGUGGUUCCGACGGCGAUGAAAGUGAAGUUGUUGGAGACGUUGAGUAGUUCGUUGGGGGUGAAUAUAACAAGCACGACCUGCGUGACGACGGGACCUGAUCUAUUGACGCAGCAAGGAGUGACGGAUCUGAGCAAGUGGAAUUGCUUGUGGAUAACUAUAGCUUGGGGUUUCUUCUUUAGGAUUCUCUUCUACUUUUCGCUGUUGUUGGGAAGCAAGAACAAGAGGAGGUAAAGAAAAGUCAGUUAAUCAGUUAAUUGGUGUGUCCAAAUGCUUGUUGCUUGGCGGGAAAUUCUUUUUUUUGAAAAAUUGGGAAUAUUUGGGGUUGGUUGUAUUUUUAAUCAAAAUUAAAGUUGGGUUGUUGUAAGUUAGAUAUGGACUUCUUCACUGUUUUAGACCCAAGGUCCUUUUUUUCCCUUAAUAUUGUGUAAUUUUGUGGUUUACUCAAAAAAUAAAAGUGUAAUAUUAUAUUCAAGCUGUAAUUUAAUAAUUUCAGGGAAAAACUGGUAGUUGUAAUGUCGGUUAUAAAAGUUGUAAUUUAUUUUGAAUUAUUUAUUGGAAACGUUUGAAUGAUA